AUGUGGUGCCACAACCCAUGGCUAUGUCAUAAGUACGACUGCCAUAUCAACGUUGAAGUGUGCUCGAGCGUGGCCAGUGUGAAAUAUUUAUACAAAUAUGUCUACAAGGGCCACGAUCGUGUUGCCGUUUCUGCUGCUGAGUCUUUGGACGAGAUACAGCAAUAUUUGGACGCUCGAUACAUUUCUGCGUCUCAGGCCAUGUCGACCAUCUUCGGCUUUGAGAUGCAGGCCAAAACGGUAACUGUUGUUCAGUUGCCAAUACAUUUAGAACAUCAGCAAAGUGUCGUAUAUCGAGCGAACGAUAAUAUGGAUUCCGUGCUUCAACGAGGCCACCACACCAUGCUGACGCGCUUCUUCCAGCUGGCAGCAAACGAACCGAGCGUCCGUUCACUAACGUACCAGGAGAUCCCGGCCCAUUAUCGAUACGCUAAACCCUCGCGGCGAUUACCGUGGUACGAUGGCACAGGAAACCAAUGGAUCCCGCGCAUUCGUCAGACCGACAUUGUAGUUGGCCGUAUGGUUUACUGUCCCAUGUCGCAGAUGGAACGUUACUGCUUGCGUCUGAUGUUAUGCUACCGAAAGGGUCCUACAUCAUUCGAGGAUCUGAGGACAGUUGACGGUACGAUUUGUGCAUCCUACCAGCAAGCAGCCAUCAUGACCGGACUACUGCAGGACGAUCUUGAGUGGGAACGAGCGCUCCAGGAAGCCGUUUCGUUCCGAAUGCCCCAUCAACUGCGCCAACUAUUUGCCCUCAUCCUUUCAGAAGGCAUGCCGCAAAAUCCACGUCGACUUUGGGAGGUGUAUGCGAACCACCUAUGCGAAGAUUUUCAUUGGCAACAUAGGGAUCGAUACACUUCCGAGGAAUCGGACCAAAAUCGGUUGUUGCGUGCGGUAGAACAGUUUCGAAGCUUGCGUAUCAUCGACGAUUAUCUUCGCGGAACGACUCCUAUGAAAACACUGGCCAGUUUUCCGGACAUGCCACAGCUCGGUGAGUUUUCCGAUUUACCAGCCGAUCUCCUCCGAGUUGACCAUACGUCGAGUGAUAAUUUUCUGAUCGAUGCUGAGCGUUCAUACAGUAUCAGCGAACUGGAUGAAACACUUGCUUCGAUACAUGUGCUCAAUACUGAGCAGCGUAUGGUGUAUGACAUUGUGAUUGCAGCGGUGGACCGUAAUGGAGUGGGAACGGAUUGUCUUCUUCAAGAGGAACAAAUCCUGUUCUUUCUGGACGUACCUGGUGGCACCGGCAAAUCUUUCCUUCUUGAAAAGAUUUUGGCUUACACGCGUCGCCAGUCGAAGAUAGCUCUCGCUGCAGCAUCGAGUGGAAUCGCCGCAUUGCUUCUUAGUGGCGGGAAAACGGUGCACUCUACUUUCAAACUGCCCCUUACGUUAGAUGAGAACACGCAAUGCACCAUACCUGUCCAGUCGUCACUAGCGAACCUGAUACGGCAGGCGUCGUUGAUCGUCUGGGACGAAGCUUCAAUGAGCAGUCGCUACGCCCUCGAAGCCGUCGACCGUACUCUGCAGGACAUCGUGGGUGUACGUCGGUCAUUUGGUGGUAAGGUGAUGUUGCUCUGCGGUGACUUUCGCCAGAUUUUACCAAUCGUCCCGAAAGGUACUCAUGCACAAGUGGUGCAGCAGUGUAUCAAAAAGAGUGAACUAUGGCAACAGUUCCAAGUUUUGCGCUUGAAAACUAAUAUGCGGGUUCAAACGGCACCGGAUGCGCAACAUGCAAAUGACAUAAAGGAGUUUGCCGACUUUUUGCUCCGCAUUGGAGAGGGCCGCCAUCCAACGUUCCUAGGAUCGGAUCCUUCAAUUGCCAAGCUCCCUCGCGACAUGGUACUGCCCCGUACAACCAACCUGGAGGCCGACGUUCGAUCGUUAAUCAGCCGAGUUUACCCGGAUAUUAGACAAAACUAUCACCAACCGCAAUAUUUUACUGAUCGUGCAAUCCUGUCACCGAAAAACUUGGAUGUAACAGCCAUUAAUAAUACCGUUCUUCAACAACUUCCUGGUUCCGAAAAAGAAUACCUAUCAGUUGACACGUUGGUUAACCAAGAAGAGCAUGAUGCGCUACAGCUGCCCGCUGAAUUCCUCCACUCGCUCAACAUGAGCGGAAUUCCGGUUCAUCGGCUUCUUCUAAAGCAAUAUACACCGGUAUUACUUUUGCGAAAUCUAAAUACCGAACGCGGACUGUGCAAUGGGACGCGCCUGCAAAUCAUCGCACUUAAAUCGAACUGCUUACAUGCACGAAUUUUGACUGGCAAACAUCAAGGAGACGACGUGCUAUUGCCCCGGAUCUUCUGUGACAGCAACGAUGCGAGCCUUCCAUUUCAAAUCCGUCGCAAGCAGUUUCCAGUCCAGGUUUGUUUUGCGAUGACAAUUAACAAGGCGCAAGGCCAGUCCCUGCACCAUCUUGGCCUGUACUUGCCCAACGAGGUGUUCGCGCACGGACAGCUGUACGUAGCACUGUCCCGAGUAACCUCGCGAUCAAAUGUAAAGGUGCUCAUCGUGAACCCUGAGCGAGAAAAUCAAAACGGUGUUGCGGUGAAGAAUGUCGUGUACCAAGAGGUUAUCAGGGAUUAA